AUGUUCAAAGCGGGCGAGCAGCAAAGCGUCGAAAACAAGAAGAUACUCGGCCUGGACAACAGCAAGAACGUUAGUCUCGAAAACCAGAAGAACAUCGGGCAAGUCCAAUGGCACUCAACACUCAAGUACCCCCACCGACUCAAUUUCUACGACCGCCCGCCGCUCGGCGACAUCACAAUCGAAGAGUUCGAGACCUGCGCUCUUGACCGCCUCCGCAUUCUCGCAGAGAUCGAGUCCUCGUUCGUCCGGAACAGGCCAUACGCCGAGCUCACAACCGUCACCCUCGAACAGUGCAAGAAGUACCUCCCCCUAAACAGCUCGACCGCAAUAUCCGUUGACCGAGAUGCAGAGCGGAAGAAGGACCAUGUCGGGCACUUCGUUCUAAGGCUCGCGUUCUCCCGCUCCGAAGAGCUCCGACGACGGUUUGUGAAGGCCGAAGUCGCGUUAUUCCGCGUGCGGUAUGACAGUGACGACCGUUCGGAGAGGGAGACCUUCCUCAACUCGAGGGACUUUGAUUGGAUCGCGGUGUCAGACCAGGAGAAAGAGCAAUACAAGCUUGAACUUGAUGCCGCUGCGUCUGUGCUCAAAGACCCUAUAGGCGAUAAUGAGAAAUACUAUAAAGUAAAAUGGACCCGUGUCCCAGAUCUAAUAGAGAAAAGAAGAGUUUUCCUGAAGGGCGGCUUGGCUUAUGUUCCCGCACGAGAACAAUCCAGCAUCGUGUUCCAAGAGUUCCAAACAAACCUCAUGAAUGCGCUCGAGAUGACAGCGAAAGCUCUACCCCGACUGGAUGAAGAUACGAGGAUAGUACCCAUCCUAAACAACCUCUCGCAAGGGUUCCUCGCCGGUGUUUCGUCAGAGUGGAGCAGCGCGGCAUCAAGUAGUGGGAAUGAGAUCACCGCCGACAUGGUGGAUGACCUUGCGCGGCGACACUUCCCGAUGUGCAUGCGCAACCUCCACGACAACCUGCAGAGGGACCGACAUCUCAAGCAUUUCGGGAGAUUGCAAUAUGGUCUUUUCCUCAAGGUCCUUGGUGUCUCAAUAGACGAGGCGAUCACCUUCUGGCGACGAUCAUUCAGCAAAAUCCAAGAUGAUAAAUUCAACAAAGAAUAUAGGUACAACAUCCGACAUUCAUACGGACUGGAAGGAAAGCGAGCGAACUACCCCGCGAAGAGCUGCCAGCAGAUCCUCACAGCGGACCAGCCCGGGGUAUCCGACUCGCACGGGUGCCCCUUCCGCCACUUCUCGCCAGACAAUCUGCAGACGGCGCUGUUGUCCAUGUACUCAGGCCAGGGGCUCACUGCAGCAGACCUGCCGGAAAUCAUGAACGCGGUGAAGACGCAGCAUUAUCAUGUGGCAUGCACGCGCGUGUUCGAGAUCACGCACGCGAGCCAGGGAGUGAAGAAGGGCGAGGGCGUAGGUGGAGGGGAGAGCGUGACGCACCCAAACCAGUAUGCGUCGAAGAGCCGGGAGCUCGAGAGGGAGAAGCUGGAGGCGGCGAAGGAUGGCGAUGUGAUCAUGGGCUGA